CCCAAUAGGUUUGUCAACGCGUUCAUAUACUACGGCCUAUCGUUAAACACCAACAAUUUAGGCGGCAAUCCGUUCAUCAAUUUCCUACUGGCGGGUGCGGUCGAGUUCCCCGCCUAUGCCCUAUGCAUAUACUUACUCAAACGGUACGGCCGUCGAUGGCCACUAUCGGCAGCCAUGUUUGGCGCGGGUCUCGGCUGUCUGGCCACUAUUCCCUUUAUGACAAGUACACUGGUGUGGCCGCGGGUGACAUUCGCAAUGUUUGGCAAGUUUUGUGUGACCUGUAGUUUUGGCAUUAUAUAUGUGUAUUCGGCCGAAAUCUACCCGACCGUGGUCAGAAAUGUUGGCGUGGGCUCGAGCUCGAUGGUGGGCCGAGUGGGCUCUAUACUGGCACCAUUCGUCAAGGAAUUGGGCAUAUACACGCACGUGACCAUACCGUUGGCCAUUUUUGGCAUACUGUCCAUCACUGACGGACUACUGAUCCUAUGUCUGCCCGAAACGCACGGCAAAGAGAUGGCCGACACCAUCGACGACGUCGAACGGUCCAAGAGUGACACGACCAACAGUGACGUAAUCAGCGGUAGUAAUAGCGAUGUGAUGGUUAUGGACGGCCUGGUGAUGGCGGACAAGGGGUCAGGCGCUGUGGGCACUCGUAUUUGAUGAUCACCUAGCUCGUUUAGCUAGACAACGUUGACAUUGUUCACUUGUUUUACUUACACUG